CAACAACAACAAUUUUAUCCUUAUCCAUUGCAACAACCACAACAACAACAUCAGCAGCAGCAACAAAAUUCACAAAUAUAUCCGGCUAAUUAUCCAAUAAUUCAUCAUCAUCAUCAUCAGCAGCAUCAACAAUCGAUAUUAUCCCCAUCCACCACAUCAACACGUGGUAUUUCAGAUCCAAAUAUGCCAAAACCACGUUAUAUUGGCUCAUGUCGUGAACGUAAUCUUUGCUGUUCAGGUCGUGAUUCAUCAUGUUCAAUACCGAUUGCUCAAUUAAAUCAUCAACAGCAGCCAUCACCAUUAUUGGUUCGAACACAAUCAAUAUCAUUGAUUGGUAAUCUAUUGGGACAAGCUAUACAAGAUAAUAAUGGAAAUGAUGCAAAAGAAUGUUAUUGUGAUAGUGCCUGUAUUACAUUGGGUGAUUGUUGCCCAGAUUAUAAAGAUACCUGUGGUGUCCAAGAUUGUAUCGUAAGCGAUUGGGAACAAUGGUCUGAAUGUAAUAUUGCAUGCGGUGUUGGUACAAUGAAUCGUACUCGUCGUAUUCUAUCACCACCACAAAAUGGUGGACGUGAAUGUCCAGAUUUGAAUCAACGUCGUGCAUGUCAUGGUCAACAUUGUAAAGUAAAAGAUGAUGAAAAAAUGUUACGUGAAAUGGCCAUUAUUUUACAAUCAAGUUUUUCAGUCACUCGUAAUAUCGAUGCAGAUAAAGAUAUUCGCCGUAAUUUACGUUUAAAUUAUCCAAAAGAUCCAUUGAAAGAGAAUAUAAAUGAAUAUUGUGUCCUAUUUGAGGUGAACAAAAGUCAUAAAAGCUGUGAAACAUUAACAACAGAUGUUUAUGCAAAACUUCAAGAAGGUAAAAAAGUUUGUGUCCAUUGCCAAGAUGCUGCUAUGCGUAGCCAUCUUGGUUAUCGUUGUAAUGGCCAUGGUAUUAAAGGACGUGCAACACGUUGGUCAUUAUUUAAUUUUAGUGGAUGUAAUGGCCGUUGGACACGUAUCGAUGAUGAACAACAAUCAUCAUCGGUAAUUAUUGAUGGUCAUUGUCAUUGUAAACAACAUUUGACAAUAACAUCGAUGAUGAAUAUUACAAAUACAAAUGUUGAAAAUGGUAAUACAGAUAUCAUUAUGAUGAAACCAGAUUUUAUAUUUGUCUAAAUCAAUAUUAAUCUUAAAUUAUGUGUUUCAAAAAUGUAUCGAUUCUUUUUAAAAACAAUAAUUCAAAUACAAUAAUUAUAAUGAUGA